AUGCUUGCGUUCGAGGAGCAGGUGGUGGCGGACCUGGUGGAAGAUCCGAACGGAGGUCUGGUGGUGCUCUCCUCGGGCCUCCCUCUGGCCUCCCUCGCCGCUACCCUCCUCCUCUAUCUCCACCAGACCCCCGGCGACGCGGCGGGGGGAGGAUGUCUCCUCGUCCUCUCCGCCCCCGAUCCCCUCAAGGCCCGGAUCCGCCGCCGCCUCCAAGAAAAGCUGCAGGUUCACGACGUGCCCCCUGACCUCCCCGCGCAGCAGCGCGCCUCCCUCUACGCCUCUGGCGCUGCUCUCUUCCUCUCCCCCCGCGCCCUCGCCGCCGACCUCCUCACCUCCCGCCUCCUCCCCUCCCGCGUCCGGGCCCUACUCCUCCUCUCCGCCCACCGCUCCACCGAUACCUCCUCCGACGCCUUCAUCGCCCGCCUCCUCCGUCAACGCAAUCUUCUCCCCGUUUACGCCUUCUCCGACUGCCCCCAUGCCAUGGUCACCGGUUUCUCCAAGGCCGAGCGUACCAUGAAGAGCCUCUACGUGCGCCGCCUCCACCUCUGGCCCCGCUUCCACGUUCUCGCCGCAGCCGACCUGGAACGCGCCCCGCCUGACGUCGUAGACGUUCGCGUUCCCAUGACGCCGCCCAUGAGGGGUAUCCAGGCUGCCGUCCUCGCUACCAUGGACGCUUGCCUCAAGGAGCUUAGGCGCACCAACAAGGUGGAUGUUGAGGACCUCACCGUCGACAAGGGCCUCUUCAAGUCUUUCGAUGAGAUUGUCCGGAGGCAGCUCGACCCCAUCUGGCACACUCUUGGGAAGAAGACAAAGCAGCUUGUGGCUGACCUCAGGACGCUACGCAAACUGCUUGAUUACCUCGUCAGGUACGACGCUGUUACAUACUUGAAGUACCUUGACACAUUGAGAGUGUCAGAAGGUGUGCGAUCAGUUUGGAUACUUUCUGACUCAAGCCAUAAGAUAUUUGAGCUUGCAAAAAGGCGCGUUUACCAGGCAGUGAGAACAGAUGGUGUUAAGGUUAGCAUAGAUAAUAAGGGCACACCAACAAAGAAGAGGAAAGUGGCACAUAAUACUACCAAGAAAGGAAAAGAAACCGAAAAUGAAGACUCCACUGUAGGUAGGGACAACACUCAGAAGGUUAAUACUGAUGUGGGCAUUGUAUUGGAAGAGGUUUUGGAGGAGGCACCGAAAUGGAAAGUGUUAUGGGAAUUGUUGCAAGAGAUAGCAGAAGAACAGAUGAAGAGCGAUGCUGGGAAUGUGCAUGAUGAAGACAAAAGUGAUGAAAGUGGCAUAGUUUUGGUAACAUGUAAAGAUGAGCGCACAUGCUUGGAGCUGCAGGAAUGCAUAUUAAAAGGCCCCUGUCAGGUUAUGCGAGAAGAGUGGGAGAAGUAUUUGAUUGGGAAAGCUGAGCUGCAUGGAUUGAAUAAGAAGAACAAGAGAAAAUCUGAGCAACCAAAAGGGGUUGGUGUCCUGGAUGGUGAAGUUCAAAUGGGACCUAGUGAGAGUGCGGGUCCAGUUAGCAUUAGCAAACUCGAAACUAAUGCCUUACUUGCCGCUGCCUCUGAAUUAAGAAAUAUAUCAAAUGAAGCAGAUGUCAGUGGUGGCUCAACUAGAAGCUGCAGCAAGAAGGGGGUAGCAAGGGGAAAAGCAAAGGGGAAACCAAAGAAAACCACUGCAAAGAGACAAGCCAGCAAUCGAAAAAAUAAAAGUAAGGGGGGAAAUGACAAUAGCCAAGCUACCGAUCUGGAUUCUGAAGGUCAAUCAGGCAAAACAGAUGAACAGGCUGAGAUUGAUGCUUCUAAGGCAUCCACAUAUGAUGCUUCAGUGUCAGCCUCUACUUCUAAUGAUAAAUUUAGACAUUCAUCUGCUCUCGGAAACUUGGCAAACGGCAAGCCACUACCUCCUGUGCAGUUUCAUGCUCUAGACAGUGACCAGCACGUGAUUGAUGUAUGGAAGCCAUCUGUUAUUAUUGUUUAUCAUCCAGAUAUUACCUUUGUAAGGGAAAUUGAAGUAUACAAGGCAGAAAACUCAUCAAGGAAGUUAAAAGUUUACUUCCUUUUUUAUGAAGAUUCCACUGAGGUGCAAAAAUUUGAGUCCAGCAUUCGACGGGAAAAUGAAGCAUUUGAAUCUUUGAUCAGACAGAAGUCCCUGAUGAUGAUACCUGUUGAUCAGGAUGGCCGUUGCAUUGGACCAACUGUUGUAAAUGAACCAGAACCUCUUUUAUGUCAGAACUCAAUUACAAGAAAGGCAGGUGGUAAAAAGGCACCUGAGAAGGAGAUGCAGGUUAUUGUAGACAUGAGAGAGUUCAUGAGCAGCCUUCCGAAUGUAUUACAUCAGAAAGGUAUCCGAAUAGUACCGGUCACCCUUGAAGUUGGUGACUAUGUUCUCUCUCCUUUGAUCUGUGUUGAGCGGAAAAGUAUCACAGACUUGUUCCAAAGCUUUGCUUCUGGUCGUCUGUACAAUCAGGUUGAGACAAUGGCACGUUACUACAAGAUCCCGGUUCUCCUCAUCGAGUUCUCACAAGAUAAGAGCUUUUCCUUUCAGUCUGCAAAUGAGAUCGGGGAUGACGUCUCUCCAACCAACAUUAUCUCAAAGCUUUCGCUGCUAGUGCUGCAUUUUCCUCGGCUUCGCAUAAUCUGGUCACGCAGCUUGCAUGCUACAGCAGAAAUAUUUAUGUCACUGAAAACAAACCAGGAUGAACCUGAUGAGAAAAAAGCAACAAGAGUUGGCGUGCCCUCUGAGGAUGGAAUCGUGGAGGAUGAUGUGAGGUCUGAAAAUUACAACACAUCAGCCAUUGAGUUCUUAAGAAGGCUUCCUGGGGUGACCGAUUCCAACUACCGAGCAAUCAUGGAUGGAUGCAAUAGCUUGGCCGAGCUGGCCCUGCUUCCAGUGGAAAGGUUGGCGGAGCUAAUGGGCGGUCAGAAGGCUGCACGGACGCUCAGGGAGUUUCUCGAUGCCAAGUGCCCAACCAUGCUGUAG